AGAAAUUACCAUGUUGGUGAAGAUCAUCAAAGAACUACCAUUUCUGUCUUCAUGAUUUUUUCCAUUCAAUAGUUGCAUAUGGGGAAUUCAAAAAGCACGGCACGCGAACAUCAACCAGAAGAUGACGUAACUACAGGUCUUACAAGCGGGAGAAGUGAUGCAGAACACAAUGCGAGCAUCAUACCCGUAGCUGAAAUUGUUGAUAACGUUUACACGACGGAAUCAGUCCUUACGAGCGGGAUAAAUGUUGGAGACUACAAUGCAAACUUCAUACCCUUACAUGCAAAUAUUCACGAUAUUUACACGACGGGAGCAGGGCGGGAACCUUCAAACGACGGGAUUCCGUCGUAUUCUGAGAAUAAUAAGGAUGGUAUGACUAAGCUACGAGGUGAUACUCAAGAUGACAAAACUUCCGAGCAGCAUGCAACAGUAGCUGUAUGUAAUGAAGAAAAAAACAUUGGCGAAACAAGGGAGCAGUUCAACGCAUAG